CCAUCGCACGGAGACACUACAUUACCCAGAAUGCUCGGUGCUUUCAUACGUCAACCGCAAUCACGGUUGUCUGUCCAACAUGGCGUCGCUGGGAAGGAGGCGCGGUGUCCCAGUGAGCAGGGAGAGGGGAGUGAUGGCGGCGACCGACUGCUACAUCGUGCACGAGAUCUACAACGGGGAGAACGCACAGGACCAGUUUGAGUACGAGUUGGAGCAAGCACUGGAGGCCCAGUAUAAAUACAUUGUUAUUGAGCCCACACGUAUCGGAGACGAGACGGCCCGUUGGAUUACAGUCGGCAACUGCCUGCACAAGACGGCUGUGUUGUCAGGAACGGCUUGCCUCUUCACGCCUCUUUCCCUGCCCGUUGAAUACUCGCGCUACGUGGCGCUGCCUGCUGGCGCCCUCAGCGUGGCCUGCUCUGCCCUCUACGGGAUUUCUUGGCAGUUCGACCCCUGCUGCAAGUACCAGGUGGAAUAUGACAGCCAAAAACUCUCACGGCUGCCCCUGCAUACGCUCACCUCCUCGACGCCCGUGGUGUUGGUACGCAGGGAUGACGUCCACAGAAAGAGACUCCAUAACACGAUAGCACUGGCUGCCCUGGCGUACUGCGCCAAGAAGAUCUAUGAACUCUAUGCUGUAUGAGUGCAAUCUGAAAGGGUUUAAGAACCAACCGAAAAAAGGAGAAAAACAAACAAAAAAAACAGAACCUAUCCAACCCCAGAUGUAAGAAAAGUGGAAGUCCGGAUCAGGUCCAGCAGUUAGCUCCGCCCGUGUGGUGGGUGCUUCCAUUUUGAACUUUGAUCAGAGGGAUAUAGUUAAAACUAGAAGGAAUUGUUUUUUCCCCCAAUUACAUUUCCUUUACUUCUUUGUGACAACAGCAGUACGUUUAUCUCUGUAGUUCCCUUGCGCCUCCUCCCCUGUGCCCUCCACCUGCAUCCUUGACACACAAGUUAGUGCACAAGGGAAUGGCCGCAGUUCCUCUGGACUGAAUCAUAUUGUUGUUCAAACGGACAAUUAUGUUCUGAGUACCGAGCUCCCCCCCUUCCCUCGUAGUUUUACUGUACCCUAUUCUUGCUGAUCAGUACAUCACCCUUUCAUUAAACAUUAGAAUAUUUCAAACUCACUUUUCUGUAUUUUAUUUUACUGUUUUCAUUAAACGGAUUCUACAUCAUGUCCACAAAGGAGUAAGAAGCCUAAAUUUGAGAUUGUGUCUUGUCCAUGUAGAUUCUUUGGUUGAAAGAGAACAAGUAAGAUCUUUGGUGACAAUGAUAUGUCCUUGUUUCAGAAAAUACACAUUUUAUUCACGCUUCUGAUCCUGUGCAGUAUUUCACAUUAUUGUCGAGCCAAACCAGAUAUUAUGGAAAUUUAAGAACAGAAACAAACAGAUUCCAAAUUCAUACUUUCUUUAUUUUGUUUAUCUAGUGAUGCUUGUUUGGAGUUAUUGUCUAUAUCGGCAGUUUUAAAGUAACGGAAUUCGACUGAUGAACAUUAACAUGCAUGGAUGAAGUGAAGGAUGAUUUGUGAUCUAACAAGACUUGCGACAGUUUAACAAUAAAGUUGAUUUUAGGUGUAAAUCAGUUGAAUUCCAAAUGUGACGAUAAGGGGUUGUUGACUUUCCUGAAAAACUUAUUUUCUCUGCUGGAAAUUAGAAGAUUUAAAAUAUAUGAUACGUUUAUCAAUGAAAAGUUUCCUGGAAAUAAAUGGUUAACUUUG